ACUCGCGAGAGUUGACCUCGACUCGCUAGAGUUGGCCUCGCCCCCUGUGGAUUAUUCCGCGAAAAGGAGUCCCUAUUUUCUAAGAAUUAUUAUUACGUUUGGAAGAAAACAGAUACCGUAAUUUCCCACAAAUAAAGAAAUAACACUCUCGUUUUUAUUUUUAUAGUGUGGUAGAGAGAGAUUUUUUUGUAUCCGUGUUGGUUCUUAGGCGGGGCAAGGUGGGGCGGUCAAGGGGAAGGUGACAUAUACAGCGGGAGUGGUAAGCACUUCCUUUUCCUGUGGCAGCAGCCGGGCUGAGAGGAGCGUGGCUGUCUCCUCUCUCCGCCAUGGCGUGUGCUCGCCCACUGAUAUCGGUGUACUCCGAAAAGGGGGAGUCAUCUGGCAAAAAUGUCACUUUGCCUGCUGUAUUCAAGGCGCCUAUUCGACCAGAUAUUGUGAACUUUGUUCACACCAACUUGCGCAAAAACAACAGACAGCCCUACGCUGUCAGUGAAUUAGCAGGUCAUCAGACCAGUGCUGAGUCUUGGGGUACUGGCAGAGCUGUGGCUCGAAUUCCCAGAGUUCGAGGUGGUGGGACUCACCGCUCUGGCCAGGGUGCUUUUGGAAACAUGUGUCGUGGAGGCCGAAUGUUUGCACCAACCAAAACCUGGCGCCGUUGGCAUCGUAGAGUGAACACAACCCAAAAACGAUAUGCCAUCUGUUCUGCCCUGGCUGCCUCAGCCCUACCAGCACUGGUCAUGUCUAAAGGUCAUCGUAUUGAGGAAGUUCCUGAACUUCCUUUGGUAGUUGAAGAUAAAGUUGAAGGCUACAAGAAGACCAAGGAAGCUGUUUUGCUCCUUAAGAAACUUAAAGCCUGGAAUGAUAUCAAAAAGGUCUAUGCCUCUCAGCGAAUGAGAGCUGGCAAAGGCAAAAUGAGAAACCGUCGCCGUAUCCAGCGCAGGGGCCCGUGCAUCAUCUAUAAUGAGGAUAAUGGUAUCAUCAAGGCCUUCAGAAACAUCCCUGGAAUUACUCUGCUUAACGUAAGCAAGCUGAACAUUUUGAAGCUUGCUCCUGGUGGGCAUGUGGGACGUUUCUGCAUUUGGACCGAAAGUGCUUUCCGGAAGUUAGAUGAAUUGUAUGGCACUUGGCGUAAAGCCGCUUCCCUCAAGAGUAACUACAAUCUUCCCAUGCACAAAAUGAUUAAUACAGAUCUUAGCAGAAUCUUGAAAAGCCCAGAGAUCCAAAGAGCCCUUCGAGCACCACGCAAGAAGAUCCAUCGCAGAGUCCUAAAGAAGAACCCACUGAAAAACUUGAGAAUCAUGUUGAAGCUAAACCCAUAUGCAAAGACCAUGCGCCGGAACACCAUUCUUCGCCAGGCCAGGAAUCACAAGCUCCGGGUGGAUAAGGCAGCUGCUGCAGCAGCGGCACUACAAGCCAAAUCAGAUGAGAAGGCGGCGGUUGCAGGCAAGAAGCCUGUGAUAGGUAAGAAAGGAAAGAAGGCUGCUGUUGGUGUUAAGAAGCAGAAGCCUCUGGUGGGAAAAAAGGCAGCAGCUACUAAGAAACCAGCCCCUGAAAAGAAGCCUGCAGAGAAGAAACCUACUACAGAGGAAAAGAAGCCUGCUUCAUAAACUCUUAAAUUUGAUUAUUCCAUAAAGGUCAAAUCAUUUUGGACAGCUUCUUUUGAAUAAAGACCUGAUUAUACAGGCAGAGAGAAA